GGGUUGUUGUAGGUAGCCGUCCGUCAUUCGAGUUGAUCGGCGUUGACACGAUCCGGUCGUUGAGCAGGCGAGGGAAUGCGCUGCUUUAGUGAAUACGGAGGGUCUUACAGGAUCCACACAGAAGAGCACUUCCAGUGUGUCAGGUUAAUGCAAGUACACACACACAAGUACUAGGGGUGGACUCGGAUGACUGUGCUUGGGACGUGGAAGGAAACGACGUCAAAUCCGCUGCUUCUACUGCCAUUCUUCGGUCACAAGUCACGAUUUGUCCUCGGCUUUCUUCGAGAUGACCAAUUUACGCUCAACCCUGAUUGACCGGUUCACGUGUACAUUUGAUCCGCGGCCCAAGCAGCAAGUUGAGGAUUGGUCUUGACGUCACGCAUGUCGUUAAGAGAUGGUACCGGGUUUCGCCGUCACUGUUCCCUACCUCCUCCACGGACAAAAUAUUUCUUCCGAGGUGAAUGCAGCACCAACGGUAGGACAGCAAGCACAUGACUGGAAAUAGUCUAAUCAGCUCUUCAUUAAUUUAAGCAAAUUCUUCAGAAGAGAACGGGACAUGAACUUCGCGAUGGCAGCUUACUAGCUGAAGGUAAUAAUAGCGAUGAAACGUGAAAUAACACUUGUCUCCUUGAGUCCUUGUCAUCUGCUUCGUGAUAUAUGCAAUCUACACUUCCGUUUCCCUUCAAGGAGAGUGAAUCGGAGUGGUAAUCGCCUUCUUGGAAAGCCUCACCUUAAUAUGACACAGCAAACGUAAAUGUGCUAUCUUCGGGUCUCACCCAUUUAAGAGGACAGUUUGACAUUGCCCUCACCCAAAUUUUUGUUGUAUGAUGGAGGUGGAAGAGGUGACAGCAAGUGCCAUCAGUUAUCUUGACGAAGAGUACUGGAAUGUUUCUAUCCUGGCAUUACGCAUGUCCAGUCGCAAGAAAAUGGCAAUGUAUCUCAACCUUGAAGCAGAACCAUUGGAAAGUGGCUAUCUCCCAGAUUACAAUGGACUUGCAGAAUUAAUAGGAUUUGAAUAUAUUGAGAUACAAAAUUUUGCACGGGACAAGAAUCCAACAUGUGCUGUUUUACAUGAGUGGGGAAAUAGACCACUGCUUCAACCAACUCUUGGGAAACUUAUUAAGUACCUGAUCCAGUUAGAGCGACAUGAUGUUCUCAACGACUGCAAAGCAAUUUUCCGAGAAGAUGCAGACAAUUUUCUGAGCAGAAGCAGACAUGCUCAUCCAGUGCAAGAUGAAACGGUGUCACAAAGUCGCUCUGAAAUGGAAGACGAAAUGGAUGUGGAUGAAACAGCAAUCAUUAGCAUUCAAGAUGUUGCAGCAGGGAGACCAACCUUCUAUGAUGCUUUUGUGUGCUACAAUUAUGAACCUGAGGGUGACGACCUGAAGUUUGUACUGCAGAUGAUUGAAAAGUUGGAGUGUCCUCCCCACAGUCUCAAACUGUUUGUUCCACAUCGUGAUGAUUUGCCUGGGGCUUCUAAACAUGUCAUUUCUGCCAAACUUAUUCAAGACAGGUGCAAAAGAAUGGUCAUUGUUAUGUCUCCAAAAUAUCUAAGGAGCCCAGAAUGUGACUUCCAGACUAAGUUUGCCCAUGCCCUAUCUCCAGGUUCUCGGAGUAAAAAGCUGGUGCCAGUACUGGUGAAAAACUGUGAAACACCAAACAUUCUGCGUCAUGUGACAAUGUGUGACUUCACUCGUGGGGAUCUUACUGGCUGGUUUUGGGAGCGGCUGAUAAAGUCUCUGCAAGCACCGCUUAAUCCCAGUGAAAUCAGCCUCUCCAGUUCCAGCAACCUCUCAGACAUUGAAAUUAACGUUCCUCCAUCAAAGCUCGGCUUUUCAUCACCUGCAAGUUCUCAGGUAGUUGCAUCAGCAUCACCACUAUGUUCAGGGCCAGUUUCUUCUGCUUCAGCUGUUCAUGGUCAUAGCCUGAAAGUUAGCUCCUUAACAUCUGGAAGUGGUCCAGUUCAGGCAGCUGACUGUAUGAAAGCUAUUAGUCAAACAGACUACAUCUCUGUCCAACGGUCCUCUUCUCUUAGCUCGCUGACUUCAAGCACUCCUUCAUCGCCAGCUUCCUCUCGCAGGAAGAUUGUCACACCGGACAAAAAUCAGCCAUCAGGCAGUGCUUCUAAAAAAUCAGGAAAGCUAAUGUCAAAACUACAGUCAGUGUUUUCCUCUCAUUCCAGUUCUAAUUCUUGAUGGGAAGUUUUACUGUAUUUUUGCAGCAUGGUUGUUAUAAAUGUUCUACAGUUUUUGGUCACAUUGUUUUCCAAGUGACCAAGUAUUGGAGUAUCCCCUUGAUCCUCAAGGAAAAAAGAUGCCAGGAAGGAACCCCCUUUCCCCCAAAUUAGGAUGAUGUUUACAAAGAGUGAGAAAGUGUUACACUAAUUGUGAAUAUAUAAUUAUUGUUACAGGGCUGCUUAAUUCUUGCAGAGAUGAGUUUUAGAUAUAUUUAUUGAUGCAUCAUAUUAAUUCAGGAUUACCAACUUGUGAUAAACUAGUGUAGUCUUAAAUCAUCUAAUUUCCUGACAAAGCUAACUAGCUGUGGACAAAGGGAGGUAGCUGUGUAGGAAUAGUAAUCAAAGGGCAUUGGUUGACACUGAAGUCGAAAUAUGCAAGAACAAUGGUCGAAAAAUCUUUCUCCUUUUUUUUAAAAAAAUUUUUGCACAGCAAAGGUAUUGAAAAAUAACAUAUAACUUAUUCCCUCUUCUGCAUUCCAGGAUGCAGCCUAGGAUUGUAGGCUGAGUUAAACUGACAAACAGCAGUUUUCUUUUGAGCCCCACAGCUCAGGCAGCCUGUGGGUCUCCAUGGGAUCAUUGUUAUGCCUUCUGGUGUUGGGGACAGGACAAGAAGACUACAUGGUAUGGGGUCUGUGAACUUGAAAUGCAGACAUAGGUGGGUGCUACAGACUUGCAUAAGGACAAGGAAAAGAAUCUCCCAGUGAGCAACUCUGAAAUGAAAAGCACAGCUGAUACGUAUUGCCAAACACCCAAUAUGUAUUGCCAAAACAUAUAUUUCCAUAUAGAAAACAGUCCUGCAAAGUAGGGUGAGGUACACAGUAUUGUGAUGUGAACAUCAGAAAUAUGAAGAUGAUUUAGAAUAUACAUUUUGUUCACUCUUUGUAGUCAUAUUGUAUCAUUUUAUGGAUUAAAUUCUAGUUACAUCAACUCUUCUUGGUUGCUCUCAGCUUUGUUAAAAAUCUGUCUUUAUCACCUGUGUAGCAGCUUGUAGCUAAAGAGUAGUUAUCUACAUAAAAGAUGUAUGUUCCAUAAAAUGCAGUAUUACUACAUUGAAGUUUGUUGCAGUAAUGGAACAAGGGAAUUUCUUUUAAAGCUUCUUUCCUCUUUUACACAACCAUUAAAAUUUAACUUCUUUUAGGUGUUCCAGGGUAUUGUCUUAGUAUUAUAUUGGCAUUCCUGUUGUCUUACUUUUAUGGUUUUUUCCCUGUGUGUACGUAUGUAUGUGAGAAAAAGAAGCGUUAAACCUGACCUGGCUGGUCCAGAAGUGUUUAGCGUUUUUAGGGGGGAAGGAGGACUGGGCUUUUUACUCCUGCAUGUGAAAAGCUUUUCAUGGCAUAGUAAAUACUCCUUAAAUUCUUAAAUACUCCUUCUUGGCUCAUACCUUCUAAACCAUAAUAUUUUGUUUUGUAAUAUUUCUUUGAAAUUGAACGCAGAUUAUAAAGUGAAAUGAUUCGAGAAGGGGAGUCUCGCAUUAGCUCUAAAACGGUGCAGAUUUGCAUGGAGAUAUGGCAAAACAAUGUAUGUGCUGAUGAGAAGAUACUUGUGUAGCUGUUUCUGAAAAAAAGGAUUGGAAGGACAAUUUUAUCUGCUAAAAAAUAAGUAAUGCUGUCAGCAAAUGAUAAAUGUAUUAAAAACUAUGCUAUUGUUGAUUUAAACCUAGGAUUUUUUUUUUGUGUGGUAACCUGGAGAAAAAAUAAGUGUUUGGUUUCCAGACAUAAACAAAAUAGUGUGAGAAUAUUUAGUUAUAAAAUUUCUACAGUUUUUAAUGGUGUACACAGAUAUUAAAACUAAGAACGUGUACCUUACAUAAUAGCGUUAAUCCUCACAACUUAUUAGACUAUCAAGGCACUAGCACAUUCCCCCAACUGACCAAUGCACAUCUGAUUCCUUAAAGAUUUGAGAAAAGUAAGGCAGUGAGCGAGAGAUGGACACUAACCUGAAAAAAAUGCUGUCCCUGAAAUAAAUGAGGGCUCUAGCAUCUCUCCCCAACAACUGUAAUGUCACAGGACUAGUUUAAUAGUAAUUGUGCAUUUUAUGUGUUUGUACAAGUACUUUUGUUUCCUGCAAUCAGAAGAAGAAGACUGGAUAUGUAUGAGAACGAAAAUGUACAUGCGUGUUUAUUGUUUCUUUAAGAAAAAUGUUAAAUUAUGUAUAAUUUUAUGCAGAAAUUUUUUUAUUAUUAUUAUCGUUAAGCAUGAUUCUAAAAACUUGUUAACAGGUGGCUGGGAUUUUUACACUCAUCACCCCAAUGACUUAUCACAAUAUCAUUUUUUAAAAAGUUGUGAGUGCUUACAGCAUAGGGGAACAGUUUUCUUUGAUAUAAACAACUUGUUUUGGUGGUUUUCUGCUCAUUUUGAAUGUGAAAACUUCAGGGCCAGAUAUAGCUGUUCCUGUAAACUUUUCUUUUGCUGUGACCUCACAGUUGUACUUGGAUUGGGUGUUGAUUUCUCAAAGGAACUGUUCUGUCUCACCGAUGCUGGCUCUUUGGAACUAAUCUUGCAUGGUAAACAGAGGAAAAGGAGUGUGUUUGUCUGCAAUCAUGGCAUCUGAUGUACUCCUGAGAUUAGUAUUGGUUAAAGGUCAAACUUUCAUCAUCUGGCAGGAAGUAAUGAAUUUGAUCCAAUAGAGGGAAAUGGGGUGUCAGGUCAUAAUUAUAGAAAGAAUGAGCAAAAAAUUACCACUAGGGUCUCUUGGACUAGGUAUUCUCCCUCUGAUCAAACCUUUCUUUCCUGCCAUCAGCUGAACAUUCGGCCUUUAAAAAACAGAACAUAUAUGUUGAAUUUCCUAUUCAGUUCUGAAAUCAUACAUUUCUCUUUUAUGGCGCAGAUGGGUCUCUAGAAGAAUCGUGAAAUUUGAUUAUCCCUUUUUUGAGUUUAUGGCAUUCAAGUUUACUUCCCCCAAAAAUUUGAGUGUGAAGUUGAAAGAUUUUAGAGAGUAAGUCUAGAUUUUUAUAAAUAGUUACAUACCAUCAUUUUUAUUUUUGACACAACAGAAGCACACUGACCUGCUGGACCCUGUUGUACACAGUGUUACAGCUGACUCUGGACAAAUUUGUUGAGAUUUUUUAGAAUUUUUUUUUUCACCUAUGGGACUUGUAAGAUUUGAUGAGAGUGAAUUGCCCCUACUUUAAGUAAACAAACAUUGCAGAAAUUUCAUCAAGAGUAAGCUGCUGUGUGUUAAUUUUUUAAUACGCUGUUGCCUACAGGAAACAACUGUCAAUUUCUACUUAAAUUUGACUGUAAAAUCUCAUUUUAAAUUAUCCUGUACAUUGUUUUGUAUUUUAAAGAAAAAUGGCCCUGAUGUGGCAAACUGUGGUAAGCAUUUUGCCUGAGAGCAGUGGAGGGGUGAUUAAGUAUCCAAUAUUUGGAUGCUAGCAACUAGUUCAACAGUAUUUCACUGACCUCGAUAAGUACUAAUAAGUUGCAUCAUGGAAACUGCAUGUCAGUUUGCAGGUACAUUUCAUGCAUUUCUGAAGAUGUAUGUGAUGGUUGAAAGGCGUUCCAUAUUUGCAAUAAAUAUUGGUAAUGAGGAUUA